GCUUUGUUGCUUGUAGAUUGUUUGUUUAUGUAAAUGGAAAUGGUGCAUUUUAUUAUGCAACGGUAAGACUUCUUGUCACAAGAAAGCCGCUGAUUGGAUCGGCUUCCUGGAAUAGGAACGCUGGCAAAGCGGAGACAAAUCCUGACAUUGUUAACUCUCUUCUCUGUUUUGGCUACACAAAACCUUAGGAGACGGGAAGGUCAUUGACUGAUCGCAGCUAUAUUGACCAAUUUAAACAAAAGUAUAUAAUUUUUUUUACAAAGCAGAGUGUAUAGGAGAUCAAGUCAAAACCGGAUACAUCUCUCCAGUUGAAUGACAGACAUCAUGACAGAAGAUGUCCAGGUUCCAACUGGCAUGUCUGAAUAUAAUGGGAAUGUGUCCCUGGAGAAACCUCAGCUCCAGGUUAUUGAUAUUAUUGACCAGAUAGCAAAUUCUGUUGAGAUAUUUCCUUACAACUCUGUGGCAUCUCAGCCUGCUUUGCUACUUACACAAGAAAACCAAGGAGGAGUCGGGCACUUUGUGGAGAAUUCAGUCUACGAAGCAUGUGACAUCUCCACAUAUGAGGAUACCGUUGGGCUGAAGGAGCAUCAAGGAAAGCCAGAGGGAUUCAAGGAGAAAAAUAUUGACAGCUUUGCACAGGAAAGAAGAGACUGGGAAGAAGAAUCUGGAGAAGGACCCUGUCAGGAAAACUAUCCAGCAAGCUCCAAAGAACAGGACAUACCUGAGGAGGAAGAAUGGGAUGCCCAGCUCUGUCAGGGUGAAAACUUUGACAACAUGGCAGAGGAAGAACAGGAAGAAAAAAAUGAAGUGCAGUUGGGUGAGCCCUUGGAGAAAACUAAAGGAGAGCAAUCAAAAGCCAGUGAGAAUGCAGCAGUGAAAGAUGCAGUUGGUACAGAAGGAGGAGGCGUAUUGAAAGAAAAUAAUGAGGAUUCUCAUAAAAAAGGGCAGGAAAACAACAGCAAGGAAUUUCUUCCUAUCCACCCCAGCUGUAAUGUUCAGACUGAGAAAGCUGAUGAGCUGACAGGCACGCUGAGAAAAAAUGAUAUCUCCAGGCACAGCUAUUCUCGGUACAAUACAAUAUCUUAUCGGAAGAUCCGGAAAGGAAACACUAAACAGAGAAUUGAUGAAUUUGAAUCCAUGAUGCAUUCAUAAAACUGAGGCAGAGAAUUCGAUCGGCAUGCUGCAAUUCCUCUCUUCCUACUCACUACCACACCAGAUAUUCUUAUACCUGUAAUAUCAAGCUAUCCAUUCUUUUUUGUGGCUUUGAACCAGCUAAAAAUGACUAAGGAUAUAAUCCUUACUACCGGGGAAUAAGUCCCAUUGACCAUUUGAAGAUUUACUUCCAAGAAAAUAUGCAUAGGAUUGGGCUGCAAUCUUAUUUGAAAUAAGGUCCUCUUAUUACAAUGGGACUUUCUUCUGUGUAGACAUAUGUACAUUUGGGUUAUAUCUCUGAGUGAAGCCAAUAGAAUGAAUUAGUUAUGGCUACCUUCAAGCCUAUAUCUGUCAGUGGGAUGUAGCAAACAUUAAUUUUACCUGUCUUGACACUGGUAUACGUAAUUCAACUAUAUGCUUAAAAAAAGUAAACAUUUAUGCUUCAUUCUGAAAUAACAAGUACAUGUAAGCUCAAAUCAGCAAUAUGAUAAAUUUAGCAUCAGUUGAUUUCCAUUUUUGGCACUGCAGUUGAGGAAAGAGACGGCUGUAGACUACUGGUAAUCUUUCAAAAGCAUCCAGAUUAAUCAACACUACUGCCCAUUCUGGUGAUUUUCUGACACACAGACUAGAGUUGAAAAUACCAUUACAAUACAGUAUAAACCAUGAUGCUGCAAUUAUUAUGUUCUCUGUUUUAAUAGGUUAUAUAACUGUUAAAUGUGGUCUCUUGUACAAAAUGUAUCCGAUUGUCUUUGGGGCCACUCAAGAAUUAUAACAAUUGCAUAAUUUUCACUAAGGCAUAGUCCGUCUUGUUAUCCCGACCAGUUAACACCUUUAAGUGGCAGUCUGUUUACACCUGGGAAUUAAUGUUGUUUUAACACUGAUGAAGAGGUGACAUCCUCUACUUUGUCUGAGGGCAGUAGGUCAAUUUAAGUUAUGGCGGACUGCUUGGCUAGAAGAUACAACUCUGCUCUUCAACAGAAAAGAAGUAGACAAUUUCUGAAAUACCAUUAAUACAAUUAACCUCACAUUUGCUAGUAGACUGUUUUUCAUUUCAAACAUUUGUAAUCCCAAGUAAUCAACUUUCAGACAAAGUACAUCCACUACUGCUUGCAAAGCUGUCAGCACUGUUUUGGAUUUAAUUAUACAGAUACUGUUUCAUCACAGUGCAAUCAGCAAGUUGGUUUAAUUACAGUAUUUGUAUUCUAGGUACUCCAGCUUUUACCAUUCCAGUUUGUAAAAUAAAAUUAAUUAGGAAAUGUAAGAUUAUGAACUACACAGUGGUAUCUCACUUCAACCAAUUUGUUUAAAGAUUUUUAAACUGUUUCCCCCCCUUUUUCCAUCUUCACGGUUCAGCUAAUAAAGACAAAUAAAAAAAUCUUUAAAAGACUACUGCAGAUUAUUUCCAAAGGAAAAGAAAAUAGAGAAACUGCUCAGUUGCAUUGUUGUGAAUGGGAACAAAAUAAACCUGAGAAAAUUAAUAGUAAAGGUGUAAGUUAAGGAGGCUCUCUUACUUUCCCCUAUAUUAUUCAUUUUUGCUGUGAUUUAUUUAAAUUCACGAUUGCUGCAUAUAAAACACGAGAGUCCCAGCUAGUGUAGGACACUGCUUCUUAAAGUUUAGUCUUCCAAGUGCGUGGCCAGUAGUCUGAGAUUUUUUGAGCUGAAGUCCAAAAUUUUUGACAGUCCAGUAGCUGAGAAUCAUGGAUGUAGGAGAAAAGUCAAAUGGAUGUCUCUCUUGAGUCUUUGGCCGGAUCUCCACUGUCACAUAAUGCAGUUUGAAAUUCAUUAUACAUUCAGAUGCAGAUCCAGCCCACUUUGAGGCACCUUGGCA